AUGAUGGCUUCCGGUCUACAGACAGCUAAAAGGGACCUCCGCAAGAAGAUCCGUGAUGUUCUUCAGAAAACCCCCAAUGAGUCAAUCAUUCAUCAAUUCCAAGACGCCUUGACUCACGGCAAAGAGGUAUUCGUGCCGUAUAUCCAUAGCAUAGACUCGCCACCUUCGACGCAGAAAAAGACCUCCAUCAUGGACAUGUUGGCUCUGCAGUCUAUGGAAGAAUUCAAAUCUCUUGAACCUGAUAAGUGGGGGAUACCAUCGCUUACCAAGGCCCAGGUUGAGAACAAGAGAAACUGUUUUGGGACAAUUGGUGUCUCCCCAAAGACGGUGGAGGAUGCUACGCAGAGAUUCGACGGGCUUGAUUUGAUAAUCAUGCCUGGAAUGGCUUUCGAUCAAGGGUUCCGAAGACUUGGUCAUGGUAAAGGUUACUAUGAUCAUUUCUUGACGAGAUACUCGAAAAAGGUAGCCGACAGUAAGACGACAACAUCAAAAAUGCCUUUACUCGUUGCCCUUUCCCUCAAAGAGCAAAUGCUUCCCUUGACAGAGGAAAUACCCGUUGCGGAUCACGACUGGCCAGUAGACAUGCUCAUUGUCGGCGACGGCCGCUUUCUUGUUCGCCAACCCUGA